AUGUUCAGAUACGUUAAAUGUACUCAUAAUGUUAAUCAUAACUCAAGUGUACUACUAAGUUCUAUACGUUGUCUACAUAAAUCAACUAGAAUAAAGCAAUCAUCCGCAUCAACCACAAAUAUUGAAUCAAACAACAGCAGUAUAAAAGAUGAAAAAUCUUCACGAACUAAUCUUUUCAAUUCAUCUAUAAAUAACAAUAACAACAACAACAAUAAUAAUAUAUUUAUACAUAGAUUACCUGAAUCAACUGCUGAACAAUCUCCAUUAUUAGUAUCAUUACAUUCAAGAUUAAAUUUAAGUUCAAAAUUUAAAUUAUCGACAUUAUCACAAUGUUUAAAUUUAUUAAAACCCAAUACUAAAGAAAGUGAAGGAUUAGCAAAUAAUUAUGGAUUAAAUAUCUUGGGAAAGACAUUAUUAAGUUAUUAUGUUUCUGAAUAUUUAUUAAUUAAUUAUCCAAGAUUACCAAUGACUAUACAUAAUCAUUCAAUUGAUGCAUAUAUGGGAACAAAAACAUUAUCUGAAAUUGGUCGUAGUUGGGGGAUUGAAGUUGAUUCAAUAAGUAAAAUUGAUAAAUUUUUAGGUCAAGAAUCUGAAUUUAUAAAAUAUGGUAGAUUAAGAUAUUUAAAUAAUGAAAAUAAAGAGGUGAAUAAAAAUUUUCAAGUUUCUGGAAUUGAAGAAAUUAUUGAUCCCGUUACAAAGUUAAAUAAAGAAGAUAUAGCAUAUGCAAGUGCUGUAAGAUCAAUAAUUGGAGGUAUAUAUACUCAUUGUGGAGAAGACGUUGCAAAACAAUUUAUAAAAGAUCACAUCUUAUCAAGAUAUAUAAAUUUUGAAAAAAUGUUUGAAUUUAAUAAACCAAUAUCGGAAUUAAUUAGAUUAUGUGAUAAAUUACAAUUUAAAGAACCUUUAACAAUAAGAUUAAUAGCAGAAACUGGUAGAUUAUCAGCUCAUCCUCAAUAUUUAGCUGGAUGUUUUAUUGGUAAUGAAAAAUUAGGUGAAGGUAUUGGAUCAAGUUUAAAAGAAGCUCAAAUUAGAUCAAGUAUUAAUCUGUUAUUAAGUUAUUAUUUAUAUUCUCCUAUAAAUCAGGAAGGUGAUAAAAUUAAAUUACCAAGUGAUGAAAAUUAUAAAUUUGAAGGUAUUAUUGAUAUUGGUGAUGUUGCUAUUUAA